UCUCUCUCUCUCUCUCUCUCUCUCUCCCUCUACAACUCCGGGGGAUUACAUUUCGGGUCUUUUUAAAUUCGCACUCUAAAUUUUCGUUCUUCAAGCUAAAAGAAAAAAUUUCAUUUCCAUUUCAAUUUCAAUUUUCUAGACGUUACUUUCUCUCUCUAGAAUAUAAAAACUGCUUUUAAAGCUCUCUCUCUCUCUCUCUCUCUGUGUUUCUGUCUGUCUUUGUGUGAUUUCUUUUUCCUCGAUCUCAUCGAUGAAAAUGGAAGAAGCUUUAUUAGGUAUUGGCUCUCUAAGAUCUUGUUCGUCUUCUUGCUGUGCGUUUGCUGGUUUGGCGGUGGUGGAGGCUGCUGCUUCGGCUUUCGUUCUUUUUGCUUUGUAUUGAUGACUCACUGACUCACUCUUAUGCAUUUGCUAAUUACUUUACUCCGUUUUAGAUCUCGAGCUGAUCUUCGCCUCAGAUACUGAAUAUCGGCUUUCGGUGCGUGUUUCGUAGCAAGUUUUGCCAAUCGAUUUAUUUUUAGCUUUACUAAUUGAAGCAUGUGCGGUGGUCCAGAGCGUUCAAAAACUACUACAACAUCAUCUACCGUAGAAACUGUUUCUAACACCAAAGACAUGAGUAGCCUAGCUGUCAAAACUGAAGAUUCGUUUUCCAGCAUACUUGAACUUGCUUCUAACAAUGAUGCUGAAGGCUUUAAGCGCUUGAUUGAUCAAAAUUCUUCUUCGAUCAAUGAGAUUGGACUUUGGUAUAGCAGGCCGAAAGGCUCAAAGCAUAUUGUUCCCGAGCAUAGAACUCCUUUGAUGGUUGCUGCUACCUAUGGUAAUAUGGAUGUGCUAAAGCUUAUACUCUCCUGUCCUGAGGCCGACGUAAAUUUCUCUUGUGGUCUUGAUAAAAGUACUGCUCUUCACUGUGCUGCCUCUGGUGGAUCUGUUAAUGCAGUUGAUGUUGUUAAGCUGCUUUUAUCUGCUGGUGCUGACCAAAAUUUCAUGGAUGCUAAUGGUGAUCGCCCUGUCGAUGUCAUUGUUGUUCAUCCUAAGCUGCUGAACAUGAGGGCUAUACUUGAGGAACUUCUGUCAAAUGAUGCUUCUGAUGGCUAUGUUGGUGAGCAUAGUACGCAUAUGUCCAUUAAUUCUUCAAAUUCUGACUCAUCAAAUUUAUCCUCUUCACCAGACAAUGAUUUCCAGUCUCCUGAGUUAUCUUCUUCUCCAGUGGCAUCAAAUAUUACUGGUCUUCCUGUUAUUUCUACAUCGGAGAAGAAAGAAUACCCAUUUGAUCCAUCUCUCCCUGACAUUAAGAAUAGCAUAUAUGCUACAGAUGAGUUUCGCAUGUUCUCGUUCAAGGUUAGACCAUGUUCACGAGCCUAUUCCCAUGAUUGGACUGAGUGCCCUUUUGUUCACCCUGGGGAGAAUGCUCGAAGAAGAGACCCACGGAAGUUCCAUUACAGCUGUGUGCCCUGCCCUGAUUUUCGCAAGGGGGCUUGUAGGCGUGGUGAUUUGUGCGAAUAUGCUCAUGGGGUGUUUGAGUGCUGGCUCCAUCCAGCCCAAUACCGGACUCGUCUUUGUAAAGAUGGUACUAGCUGUAAUAGACGCGUGUGUUUUUUCGCCCAUACCACUGAGGAGCUCCGACCGCUGUAUGUCUCCACUGGAUCAGCUGUCCCUUCACCACGUGCAGCUGCAUCUGGUCCAAAUGUCAUGGACAUGGCUGCUGCUUUGAGCCUUUUGCCUGGUUCCCCUUCAUCUGCCUCUGCAAUGUCUCCUUCACCUUUCACUCAGCCUAUGUCUCCAUCUGUAAAUGGCAUGUCUAACUCAUCAGUGGCUUGGCCCCAGCCUAAUGUGCCAACACUUCAUCUCCCUGGAAGCAGCCUCCAAUCAAGUCGCUUGAGAACUUCACUUAGUGCACGGGACAUUCCACCUGAGGAUUUAAAUAUGUUGCUUGAUCUUGAUGCCCAGCACCAGCUCUUAAAUGAUAUGAACUCUUUUGCACAGUCCCGUCAAAGUUCUGCAUCAGUGAGUCGCUCUGGGCGGACUAAAACACUAACUCCCUCAAACCUUGAGGAAUUAUUUUCUGCUGAGGUCUCUCUGUCUCCUCGAUAUUCUGACCCUGCUGGAGCUUCUGUUUUUUCUCCUCGGCAAAAGUCAGCUGUGCUCAAUCAAUUCCAACAGCAGCAGAGCAUGCUAUCACCUAUCAAUACGACUGUUAUGUCGCCAAAGAGUGUUGACCAUCAUCUUUUACAGGCUUCAUUUGGUGUUCAAUCUCCUGGAAGGAUGUCUCCAAGAAGUGUGGAGCCCAUCUCCCCGAUGAGCUCUCGGCUUUCAGCAUUUGCCCAGCGUGAGAGGCAGCAGCAGCAACUACGAAGCCUCAGCUCGAGGGAUGUUGGAUCUAACAUCCCUUCCUCUGUUGUUGGCUCUCCUGUAAAGUCUUGGUCCAAAUGGGGAUCUCCAAAUGGAAAAUUGGAUUGGUCUGUUAAUGGGGAAGAUAUGAAUCAUUCGCGAAAAUCAUCUCCAUGUGAGCUUGAAAACAAUGGGGAAGAACCUGACUUGUCAUGGGUCCAAUCUCUAGUAAAGGAAUCUCCACCAGAGAUGAUGAAAGAUAAGUUGGCAUUUCCGGUUUCUGGUGGUGCAGCAUCCGGUGAGGUUCCAAAUUCCAAUUCCCAAAUUGAAUCGGUUGAUCAUUCAGUUUUUGGUGCAUGGAUUGAGCAGAUGCAGCUUGAUCAACUCGUAGUAUAGUAAAAAUGAAUUCAUUUCUCUUGGAGAUAGGUAUUUAAGUUCAGAAGGUGCAUAUAUAUUCUUUUUGUUUGCGGGCUUCAUUGCAGGACAGCAAAGGUGACAAAAUGGAAGAGGUAACAGUAGGUAAAAUUGGAAGGAGCUGAUUAAGGAUGGCUCAAAUCUUUCAGAAGAUAAUUCAAAAUUUUUUGUUUUUACGAUUUAUUCUUUUCAGCGGAAAUCUGAAAAAGGAGGAAGAAGCUUUAUCUGGGCUAGUAUUAAGAGAAUCCAGUCUGGACGGGUUUUUUUCUUCUAAAUUUCUGUUUUCUAGCAAUUUUUUUUUUUUUUAAAUUUCUAUUAUCUUAAUAUUUCAUCUUCAAAGAAACUACCAAGUUUGUCUACCAAUAGCUUUGUAUCGUCAUGUCCCCGUUUUCUUCAAUGUUUUUCAAUAUUUUUUUCUGUAAUUCUGAAUAGACAAGAAAGAAUAUUGGUUAAGGAGGAGAUUAUUUCUUUUUGAAGGAGUUAUUCUUCUGGAAAUGUGACACAUUGUUGAGGAGCUGAAGUGUUCCUUUGUGUAAAACUGAAUUAAAGUUAUUUUAUUGAUAUCGAUACCUUUAUUUUUUUGUUAA